AUGGCAUCGGCUGGCGCAGCAGGCGCGGCCCCAGGCGCAGUGCCAUACAGUGGCGCGGGAGCGAAGGAGACGACGGGUGUGCUGCGUAAUGCACAGUUCCGGUCGCUCGUCUCGCUCCUGAACUUUAACGACCCCAACUUUUCGCACAUGGGGCCCAGCAAGAGCACGGGCGAGGAGGAAGGAGCGACGAGUCUCCCCAAGGCCCCGCCCGUGUGGAAGGUGCUGGUGAUGGACCAGACGAGCACGGAUAUUCUUUCUACUUCGCUGCGUGUGCAGGACCUACGCGAGAACGGCGUGACGCUCCAUCUGCAAUUGCAUUCCGAGCGCCCGGCGCUCCCAGACGUGCCGGCCGUUUACUUUGUCUCGCCCACGAGCGAAAACAUUGCGCGGGUCGCCAAGGAUGUCGGCGCGCGUCUGUACGAGUCGACCUACGUAAACUUUACCUCGGCACUGCCCAAGCCGCUCCUGGACGAGUUCGCGCAGCAGGUCGCGCGCAGCGGCAACGGCGCACAGGUGCGCCAAGUAUACGACCAGUUCCUCGACUUUAUCGUGCUCCAGCCGAGCCUGUUCCAGCUCCUUCCCCGCUCGCGGGCGCCGGCGGUGCGCGGCGCGGCGCCGGAGCGGGUGCCGACGACCUACGAGCGCCUGCACCACCCUGGUCUGGGCCAGGAGCAGGUCGAGGCAGAGACGGACCGCAUCGCCGGCGGCCUGCUCUCGAUGCUUGCGACGAUCGGCACCGUGCCGAUCAUCCGCGCACCCCGGGGCAGCGCCGCCGAGCUGGUCGCGCGCAAGCUCGAGGCCAAGCUGCGCGAGCAGACGGCCGGCUCGCGGAGUGCGACCGGCCUCUUUGCGCCCGGAAGUGCGGGUGCUGCGGCCUGGAACCAUACCCGUCCGGUGCUUGUGCUGCUGGACCGCAACGUCGACCUGGUCCCGAUGAUUGCGCAUUCCUGGACCUACCAGGCGCUGGUGCACGACGUACUGGACACCAAGCUGAACCGUGUCACGGUCCAGGACCCCGAGAAGCCGACGGCGGCCAAGCGCUCCUACGAUCUGGACGCCAAAGACUACUUCUGGGCGAAGAACGCGGACCUGCCCUUCCCCCAUGUUGCGGAGGACAUCGACGCGGAGCUGAACAGCUACCGCACCGAGGCGAACGAGAUCAUGCGGUCGACCGGCAUCAGCAGCAUGGACGAGGUCGGGCAGCUCGACGCGUCGUCGAACGCGUCGCACCUCAAGGCGGCGGUCACCGCUCUGCCGAAGCUCACCGCACGCAAGCAGACGAUCGACGCGCACAUGAACAUCGCGACGGCGCUUCUCCAGGGCAUCAAGACGCGCGGCCUCGACGAGCUCUACCAGCUGGAAGAGGCGAUCGCGCGCCAGUCGAAAGGCGCCAUCAUGGACGCGAUCAAAAACCCCGAGAUGCAGAACCCCGAGGACAAGCUGCGCCUCUUUUUGAUCUACUACCUCUCUACGCCGAGCACCGCGCUGACCCCCAAGGACGUCGAGGAGUUUGAAAGCGUGCUCCGGGAGCAGGGCGCCGACCUCGCGGCGCUCGUCUACGCGAAAAAGGUGCGCGAGCUCACUCGCUUCUCGCUCGCGGCCACCGCGCCGCAGCCGAUGCCGGGCAGCGGCGGCGAGCUGUUCAAGGGCUUCAGCUCGCUGGGCAGCCGCCUCACGGACCGCCUCAAGGACUCGCGCCUCGAGAAUCUCGUCGCGGGCGUCAAGAACUUUUUGCCGGCGCAAAAGGACUUUACCGUGACGCGCCUUGUGGCCUCGAUCAUGGACCCCGCCGCAAGCAACGCGCAGGCGCUCCAGGAGACCGACGACUACUUGUACAUCGACCCGCGGCAGCCACGUGGACGGGGCACGGCCAUGGCGCCGGGCGGCGCCAAGGCGCGCCAGCCGUUUGCGCAUGCGAUCGUGUUUGUGGUCGGCGGAGGUGGCCAUGUCGAGUACGCCAACCUCCAGGAAUACGUCACGCGAUCUGCUGCCGCGAACGGCGGCGUGGCCCCGGGCACCAGCAGCCCGAAGCAGAUCACCUACGGCAGCACCGAGAUUCUCACCCCGGCGGCCUUCCUCCACUCCUUGGCCGCCUUGGGCCGUAUGUAG